UCAAAGUGCUUCCGCGGCUCGCCAGACAUUGAAUCGCGAGUGAAUUCUUGCACGGUAAAAUGUUUACAAGUGUAAACAAACCCGAUUGUUUAAAUGACCUGUGUUUGUAAUCGGAGACGUAGAAAGUUGAAAGUUCGCCGCGAGAGUUCUGAGCGACAAGCGAAAAGAAAACGUCUCCUAAUAAUCGUACCAUGGAAGAGGACGUACACAACUCUGGGCAAAGGGAUGACAUUCGAAGUAGAAAGAAAGAAAGACCUAGCAUUAGAAAAUUUGUGAGAAACGUUUGGCGUAGAAUGAAAAAAACGACUGAUGGAAGCAAUCACAGAGAAUCAGAUAACGAAGACCUCUAUUACUCGGAAUACGAGGAGGAGCAAACACCGAGAUACAGGCCGGACUCUUUGGCAAGCCUUUGUCGAGCGACCAAAUUCACGGAGGACGAGCUGAAGAGGAUAUAUCGCGGCUUCAAGGCCGAAUGUCCGUCGGGAGUCGUCAAGGAGGAAACUUUCAAGUGCAUCUACUCGCAAUUCUUCCCCCAAGGAGCCAAUAUAAGCCAGUAUGCGCAUUACGUUUUUAAUACUCUGGACCAGGACCACAGCGGACUUCUCAACUUCGAGGACUUUGUUAUGGGUCUGAGUAAAUUGUCCCGCGGCUCGAUAGACGAAAAACUUCAUUGGACGUUUUCUCUUUACGACAUCAACGGGGACGGCUGCAUCACGAGAGAAGAGAUGACGGACAUUGUGACCGCCGUGUACGAGCUGAUGGGAAAAUUCGCUGAUAACUUGGAUCACGAGGGAGUUCGGCAAAAAGUGGAUCGUAUGUUUCAGAAAAUGGAUGGCAAUAAAGACGGCGUGGUGACGCUGUCCGAGUUCUUGGAAGCUUGUCGGGCAGACCCGGACAUUUCGACCAGUAUGGCAGCUCUGGACACUGCCUUCUGACACUCAGCACGUCUGCGAUACACACCGUGGACCUGAAGGGAUCACUCGAUUAGGAAAUAAUUCGCUCAAUGUUGUACCUUAACUCCCUGGACCAGAGGCAAAGAAAUUCCUCAAGGUGUGUCCCGUCGGCGCGCAAGUCCUGGAGCGAUUGAUACGCGAAUUUUUCAGAGAAUCGAUUGCUUUGAGAGACGACACUGCGUCACUUUUUGCGCGUGCUAGCUCAACAAACUGUUCUCAGCGGAAUUUCUAGAUUUGUGAGAAGAGAAAGAAAGAGAGAGAGAGAGAGGGAGAGAGAGGCUUGCUGUUAAGGAUGACACGAGAAAACAAAAGUAUAAAUAAAAUAUUAGAAUAUUUCAACUUGAAAUUUGCGAUUUAACAAAGGGGCAAGAAAAGUAUGUUUUGUGAUAGGAAUAAAAAAAUAAGGAAAUAGUCGAAUUGAAGAGAGCGUGAACUAUCUGAUAGACAAACGCAGAUGGGAAACGAAAUAAAAGAAAUAAAGAAAUUUUUGGUAUUUUGCAUGACACUUGCUUAGAACAAAAACGAUGAGAUCACAUAUGCAAAUAAGCGUAUACAAUAUCUUUUACAAAGAGAAUGUAUAUAGGACUCCCUUCCCCUCAAAUAAUAGAGCGUGUAUUGGUAAAGUGGUAACGUGAUUUCGUGAGAGACUUUUAGUAUUAUAGUCGAUACGCGUGAAGUGGUUAAACGAAAAGUAGAGAAACGGACCUUUAUAUUUAUUACAAAUGGGGGAUAUAUUUCGUAAACGAGAUGUUUUUCAAGAAUGUAUUUUCAGAAUUAUGCACACACAACGUUACUCGAUAUAAUUUUAUUUACUUCAAUUUCAUCGGGAUAUUUAUGUGUAAUUAUAAUAAAAUCUCCGAGAGAAGCUGCAACAAAUAAUGUAGAUAUAUAUAUAUAAAUAUUUAUAUAAAGAGAUAUUAAGCAUGUGUGAUAUUUUACGUUUAAAUGUUCACAUUAUAUAUUCGAGUUAUAUUGAAUUUAACGCGGACGUGUGAGUUUUGCAUAAAUUUAACUACGUAAAGAGAAAGAAAAUAGCAAGAUUAAAAUACAUUCGAGAGAAUGAGCGCGGCUCACAAAUAUGAGGAAUAUACAAAGUUUUAUCGUGAAUCCCGUCGUACAGCUGGACAUGUUGAGCGGGAUUUGUUGUUUCUAGUGCGUAAGCGUGUACAAGAGAAGUGGUGUAAGCGAUAUCAAAAUAUUUAUUUUUGUGACAGGUAAAAAGCGUAUAUAUUAUCGUUGUAUAAGAUUCUAGAUCGUAAAGACUGCGUGCUGCUAAAGAGAGAGAGAGAACCGGAAUUUUGGGAGUUUAACUGAGGACAAAAAGGAGAGAGAAAGAGAGCGAAGGUAGAAAGACGAUAAGAAGAAGAACUUAGAAGGGAGCUUCUCUCUGUAUCGGUCUGACAUUUGAGAUUGAUCUGUUACCGAAUGUAUACAUUAUAUAUUAUAUAUACGCGAAGAGAGAAGAGUUGUACGUUUUAUUAUGAUAUAUUCCAACGAGUCGCGUGGAGACUGGACCAAAGCUUUCCGCGAUGGGCGAAGAUUUACUUGAGCGAAAUAUAUAUUUAAUCAUUUUCUCAAUCACUGCCUAUACUUCUGGUUACCUAUAAUUAAGGAGGAAUAGACGAACGGAUGAAAAAAAAAAACGAUACAGUAUCUCCGAUAUGUCGAGAUCGGGCAAGUCGAGAUGGAAAUUGUCGAACUUCCAGUCUAAUAAUAAUUAAAUAAUUAUUAUUAUUUGAUUAAAUAAUUAAGUAAUUGUUAUUAGAUCGGGAGAAGCACGUGUUGCUUGAUUCAGUUCAGAUACGGAUUUCAAAUACUCUUCCGUUUUACGAGCGUUUCUUGUAAAAGCACUCGAGACGAGUCGCGAUCUACGUGUAAUAGCGGAGUAAGGGGCGACUGACACGCGUGUUGACACACAUAGAGAGAAAAAGAGAGAGUAGUAAACAGAAGCGAAAAAAGGCGGAUACAAUGAUGAAGUCUCGGUAAUGAGGGAAGCGAGCGAGGAGGUAGAUCGCGCGAGAAUGAAGAGCCGCGAGGAUUUCUUCGAUUUUUAGCAGCGCCUAUUUAAUCAUAAGACUUGUAAAUUUGAGAUAAACAUCGAAUGUUGUCUCAUAUCAAUACGAUCACUACCGCAUGUCUUUGAAGUUAAGUAAGUGUAUAAAAGACAAAAAAAAAUGAACACGGAGUAACUGUGACGUCUAGAUACUUUUAAAAAUUCGACCGAACGUUAGUUUUAGAUUUGAUAAGGGAAUGGAGAAAAACAAAAAAAGAGGUACUCUUACUUCCCUCCCUCUUCUUCCCACGAUGGUUAGUCGAAAAUAAGCUAGGUCUGAUAAGUUGUGAGCUUUUUUAUGCGCAGAAUUAGUUCGUAGAAAUUAACAUAUUACUUUACGUAACACACACACGAAAACACGACUGAACGUUUACCCGGAAUGUUAUUAAGUUGGCGGGUAUAAAAAAAGAGAGAGCAUACAGGAUAAGUAUUUAAUUAACGAGAAGACAGAAUGAUAAUGUUUUUGUUUUUUUUUCAAUAAAUUCUUUUUACGCCUUAACGUGUGCCACCCUCCCUCUAUGCUUAAGAACCAUAUUAUCUCGCAUAUGUCCACGCUACUUACUCUCGAAAAUUCAGCAUUUACCUCUCCGCAGUCUCUUGCUAUUCUUCUUACUGUCUCUCACUAAAUCGUAUGUGAUCUAAUGUCUUUUCCCCUAAUGUCUCUCUCUGUAUGUCGGACUGAUUUUUCUUUCGCAAACAUCGAGUGAUAGCUAAGGGAGAAAUUUCGUGAAAACUUCAGUAACGUAAAAGAAAAAUCUAUAGCAGUUUUUCCAGGCGGAUUGUACGAAAAUCUAUUUGAAAUUCUGUCAAAAGUCACUUUAUGUCGACGUAUAUCAAUAUGACAGUAACUAAUAGUAUAUAUAAAUAAUUUUAAAGCUACUUCUCACAAUUUCGAAAUUGUACCGAAAUAUAUGGAACCGCUUCAUUUAAUAGAACAUUGGAUGAUUUUACAUUAUUGGACAAUAAAACAUUGCACUAUAACGCAAUUCCGAGUAUUGGACGAAAAAUACAUCCAUGGCAGUGUGUCGUUUGCAUCGCAAACAGAACAUUAGAGUAACGUUUCCUCGAUUUCAGGACGUAAAACAUGUUUACUUGUGAAAAUAUGGCUGCCCGAAAGUAAUUAUCAUAUCUCUAAAAACUUAUGUACGUAAUGAGGCAAUUGCUCAAAAUUGAGGAAGGGUUUCUAUAUAUGAUUUAAUAGUCUACAACAUCUGCAUCUUUUUAUAUAAUAUAGAAGAUGUGUUUUUUUUUUAUUAUAUUAUUUUACGCAUUAUGAGAAAUUAGAGAUGUUACAUCCACGCUAACAUAACGUCCAUUAGACGUCCACUGGACGUUCAUAACUCCAUGUGACGUCCGAUGAAUAUCUAAUGGCAACUUGUAUAGAAUGUUAUUUGUGCGUCAGCAUAUGUAAAUUCCCUCCGUUAUCUGUAUAUAAUUUUUUGACGUAAAUUUAUGUCUAUUAAAAUCAAGUAUAUACGUCGAAUACUUGCCGACAUCAAUAUCUCACAUAAUGGUCGAAUAAAGUUUCAUAAAUCGCGAUGAAUUUGCAAGUUGCGCGUCCAACAAACUCGAGGAAAAUCUCAGCAUAUUUUUUUUUUAUCGUUGUUCGUGUGUUGCAAAUCUCACACUUGUUAUCUAAUACAAAAGAUAUAAAAUAAAAAUGCAUAAGCAAUAUUUGCGCAUAAACUUAAAUUACGUAUUCGUUACUGCGUGUAAUAAUUGGUAGAUUUUUCGAUUGCGUCGCUCUUAUAAAUUUACGUCAUGCGAUUUACAACGAGCAAAGAAUUGACAAAAAAAAAAAAAAAAAAAAGAAA